AUGGCCACAACGGCGCUUCACGGGUGGCACCCAGGCGAGCUCUCAAUCCAACGCAAGCUCGGGUUUGCCGAUGCCGUCACUAAUAGCUGGUCGCGUAUCAGCAACUUCAUGCCUGAGCAGCACCGCCUCUUUCAUACGUCCAACCUCCCCUUUUUCCCCAUCGCCACCCUUGAUGAGGACGGUCGUCCUUGGGCAUCAAUUGUUGCUGGACCAACGGGUGAAAUCGGUUUCGUGAAAAGCCCGGAUUCACGAGUUCUUUCCAUUCACGCCCGACUCUGGGAAGGUGAUCCAUUCUUGGAUACAGCGAAAGCAUGGGCCGAUCAAAGACGUCGAAAGGCGACACCCGAGAGAUUUCUGAUUGCCGGCUUGGGGAUUGAGUUCUCAACACGAAGACGAAAUAAGUUUGCAGGGUCUGUACGAAGUGUGCGACGCUGGUCAGACUCGGAUUACCAGAUUGACGUGGAUGUUUUAGAGGCGAUAGGGAAUUGUCCAAAAUACAUCAACGUCCGCAACCUCUUGGCUUACCCACAUACGCGUCCUGAAGUCGUGCAUCAGCGUCGACAUCUGUCACCGCAGGACCGACUUCCAGAGGAGGUAACUCGGUUCAUUCUCGAUGCCGACACCGUCUUUAUCGGGUCUAUCUACAAGUCAACAGCCUCGGAAUUUCCUUCACAUGCAGGCAUGAAUGCCCGAAGUGGCUUGCCAGGGUUCAUACGUGUUAGCCCAUCUGAUGGUCGCACAGUGGUCAUUCCAGAUUAUUCUGGAAAUCGGUUUGUCUCCAGUCUAGGGAAUAUUGAGUCUAGUGGGGUGGUGGGCUUGACUAUCGUGUCCUUCACAACGGGCGAUAUCCUUUAUUUGACGGGCACAGCCGAGAACUUCGUUGGCCCAUCUGCGCUCAAGAUUAUGGCUAGACAUGCCAGUCUCACAUCGGUGAAUGUAACUGGAUUCACCUUUGUUCGAGAUGCUCUUCCGGUGCGACAGCAAAUGGGUACCUCCCCUGAACGUAGCCCCUACAGUCCAAAGGUCAAAUACUUGGUGGAAGAGGCAGGAUCACAGGGAGGUGGCGACCAACAACACAAAGCACAGCUUCAAGAGGCAGUACAACUGUCUUCCGACCUUGCCGUCUUCAAAUUCAAAGUCAAUUCAGCCUCGGGCGCCAAUGAACUGAGAAUUCGCCCCGGACAAGCUAUCGUGCUUGACUUUAUGGACUGGAUAGGGCCCCCUCGAUACCAGCACAUGGCAAAUUCGGCUCCUGCAUCGAUCAAUGAUGAUCGAGUUCGCACUUGGACUGUGUCGAGUGCACACGAAGAACAAAAUGCGACUUGGUUCCAAUUAACUAUGCGCGAGAUGAAAGGGGGCGCUGUAACAGGGGCUUUAUUCGACCUCCUGAGAAGAGACUCUUCAAAUAAGCUAGGUCGCCUUAUUCAUUUUGAUAUCCCUGUGUCUGCAGAUAUUGUUGGCAUCACGGGUGACUUUAUCAUGCAUCAGGGCAAGGUCAAUAUGCUUCUGGUCGCCGGUGGAAUUGGCCUAACACCAUUCCUGGCCAUGCUUAGUGCACUGGCGGAGCGUGGGCCUAAGGCCGAGGGACACGUCGCGCUUGUUCUGGCAACAAGAGAACCAGAGAGUAUGGUCAGCUUGAUGAAGCCAUCCCUUGAAAAGAUGCCAUCGACAGUCAAGAUCGAAAUCGCUUUAUUCACUAAUGACUCGAAGCUUGACAUCGAAUAUCUCAACACGCCGAAUCGGAAGAUAUCCAAGCACACGGGUCGUGUUAUCCCGGAGUACUGGAAAGGACUAUCUCGUGAUAAAGAGGUCUUCAUCUGUGGUCCCAAUGGAUUCGGAGACUCCGUUACUGACGGGCUACGAGCAGCUGGUUUCCCACUGACUCAAAUCCACAGGGAAGGUUUCUAUUGA